CUCAACACGGAACUGAAAAGACACCAAAUGACCGUCCUCAAGAGAAAGAAUUUAACAAAAUACAAUCAGUCUGUCAAUGCGAGGUCAAUUAGUUCAAAUAUAAUUGUCCCUCCCAAAAUGUUUAUAGAUAGGUUACUCUAAAUUUAAAUUUUCAUGAAAACUCUAGUGUUUGUAAUGUUGGUAGUUGGAACUGUUGUUUCUGAGAAGAUGAAUAGAGCAGGCAACUGCAGCUGGCUAGGAAAGGAGAUCCCUCUGUCAUGGGAAUUCUUCAGUGUGAUCAAGGAUGAGCUCUGGCUUUUUCUCAUUCCUGCUGGGUUGGCUGUGAUCAUCCUGGCCCUGUUCCUAGAAGAGAUGGGCUUUUUCCUGCAUCACAUGCCCUCAUCCAGACGCCGGAGCCUCUACCUGUGGAUACUGGGCAUGUACCCGGUCUUUGGCUUAACCUCCAUCAUUGCGCUGUAUGUUCCUCGCUCCUCGUCACUGUGUAAUUUCAUAGCUUCUCUGUACCACUCCAUCACACUGUUGAAGUUUAUGGGGCUUGUCACAGACUUCUUUGGGGGAAAGGCGCGCAUGCUGGAGAUCUUAGCUGGAGAGCAGAUGUCUCCAGAUCCAUUCCCAUGCUGUUGCUGCUGCUGUCUUCCUUUGAUAGCCAUCAACAAGACCAGCCUGGGUUGGAUGAUGGCUGCUGUGUUACAACUGUCUGUGGUUAGAACCAUCCUGUUCUUUGUCACUCUGGUCCUUUGGACAGAUGAGCAGUAUGACUAUGGAGAUGUUGAUUCUGUCAAUCCCAAUAUGUACGUGAACGCCAUCAUAGCCGUGUCUACCUUCCUGUCCUUCUAUGGCCAUCUGCUGUUUUAUAAGGCCACCAAAAAGGCCUUACCUGGCUAUGGACUGAGAGCCAAGUUUUUCUGUAUCAUUGUUGUGUUGGUGCUUUGUGGCCUCCAGAAUGGAAUCCUGGAGACCAUGGGGGCCUUGGAGGUGGUACCCUGCACCCCUCCCUUGUCUGUUCUCAUGCGUUCACAGUUAAUUUACCAUUACUCUGUGAUUGUGGAGAUGUUCUGCAUAUGCCUCUUUGCCCGUCACACUUUUCGUAAAGUGGAGCCUAAUCUGGGGGAGAGCUUUGGGCUGGAGGAGAGUCCCGAAAGAGGCAUUCUGCUGGAGAAAGCAAUUCAGACGGAGGAUGUGGUGCCAUUUCGGCAGAACCCAUGCCCUGGCUUGGGUGGCGUCGGAGUCUCCAAUCCCGACUAUAACAGUGAUAGCAGUGAGGACAGCCUCUGCAAGAUAGAGCACACCCCACUAGAUCGCUUCCCUUUCUAUUUUCAACCCAGAUCUCAAGAAACAGUUAGGGCGGAGAAGGAAACUGAUCAAAAUAGUACUUUUGAGAUGCCCAAACUGACUGUUACUGCUGAAAUCAACUUUGUGGAGUCUACGGAUGUUACUGUUGUAUGAAAAUAUGGAAACUCCAUCGGGGUCACCUUCAGGAAAUGUAAGAGAGACACCACACUGCUUGAGAAGCUAUUUUUCACUGUUGGUUUCUAUCAUAUAAUGCCUGAAGACUUGGAUCUGUUUAUUCUAUUAACUCCUCAGCUGCAUGGGUCCAGCGUGGAAGUCAACAUUUUCUCCUGCCAAUAUUUCACCAUACUUUUUAUACUGAGCAUGCUCUCUACAUUUUCUAUUGUUUUUCAAAAAGAAAAUAAAUGUGUAU